AUGUCUGACGACCAGCCGGAUUUGGACGUGGCUGAAGACUACCGCCAGGCCCUCGAAGACCUCAGCUCAACAAACAGGGCCGAUAUCAGUACUCUUACGACUAUCGCGAGAGAAAAUACAGAGCAUGCGCAGGUCAUUACGGAUGUUCUGCAAAAGCACAUCUUGCGGACAGCACCACAUAAGAAACUUCCCGCGCUCUAUGUUCUCGACUCGAUUGUUAAAAACGUGGGAACCCCGUAUACUCUCUUCUUCGGAGCCCAGCUCUAUCAGACUUUUAUGGAAGCGUACGCUGCCGUCGACAAUCAAGUACGACGGAAAAUGGAAGAAACACUGCAAACGUGGAAGCAGCCCGUGCCACAGUCUCUCGAUGACAGGCCGGUAUUCCCUCCUGAAGUCACCAGGCCCAUCGAAGAAUCACUUUUGAAGGCCCGAACCUCGGCUUUAGCCAUCCAAGCACAGGGACGCCAAGGGUUUCCCCUGGGCAGAGGACGUGGUCACGCACCUGUCAGGGCGACACCGACACCCCCAGGCAUGCGGCCGGGGUCAGCGCAGCAUGGCCUUCCAGGGCCGCCACUGCAAAGGCAGCAGCAGAUGAACGGGUUGAACGGGUUGAACGGCUCCCGCCCGCCGAGCGCUCCAGUCGUUCCUCACACGUCGAGUCUGUAUCCCCCGACGCACUCCUACGGUACACCAUCGCCGUUUCCGCCGCCGGCGGGACCACCUGUAUCUCACUACUCGGCCGCUGUGGACAUUGCGUCUUUGAAUCGUGACAUUGAGGAGUUAAUCAGUGUCUCCAAGGUGGAAGUCAGUGAGAAUCCAAACGAUCAGGGUGUUCAGCAGAGGUUGAAAGGGUUGCUGGAUUUGCAGACUCUGCUCCAGACGCAGAAUGUGCCGCCGGACCAGUUGGUCCUGGUUAAAAAUCAAGUAGCCGAUCUUGCUGUGAAACUAAGGCCAUAUCUGGCCCAAAAGCCUGCGCAUGGCGGCCCCGUCGCUGCCGCUGCUGCUGCUGCUCCUCAUGUACCGUACAAAACGCCGCUGGCCGUCUCGUCCGCGGCGUCCGUAGUACCGCCGUCGUCAACGGGUCCGGCCCCGCAGCAAGGCUCUUUGACGCUUGACGCUCUGCUUGGGAAAGGGGCUCUCGCAUCGCUCUUGUCUCGACAGUCGGUCACCCCGCAGGUGCCGACACCACCACCUGCGGCAGCGACACAACAGCCGGCUGCAGCAGUCGGGGCCAUCCCCAUACGACCUCCUCAGCCACAUCCACAACCGAGUGCAGCCCCAACUCCUGAUCCCAUGGCGCUCCUUGCGGGACUUCGGAAGGCAGGAUUGCUUUCCGGAGUCCCAACAUCGACGCCCCCGGCCGCGACGCCACUGGUCGGCGCCGCGGCUCCUCCACCACCGUUCCCUGGUACGGCUGGACCCCCGCCAGGGAUGCUUCCGCCAAACCUCGCGCAGCUUUUGGCGCCUCUGAAUGCCGGGGCAAUUGCUAUAUCGCUUCCUGGGCGGUUGAUGAACAGCAUUCAACUCGAUGCUGCAUCACUGAAGCAAGAAUUCCGCCCGCACCUAAUACCGGCAUUAUUUGAGGCUCUAGGCCCCCAAUGCACGCAGUGUGGACGACGAUUUAGGAAAGACGAGGCAGGCAGGAAGAAGAAGACGGCACACAUGGACUGGCACUUCCAAGUUCACCAGCGACUGGCGGAGGCGGAGAGACGGGGCCAGCAUCGGAGCUGGUACGUCGACGUGGCAGACUGGCUCAAGUCGCGCGAGGUGGUGGACGCGGAGCACAAGGACGAGGCGCUGGGCGAAGACGGCCGCGACAGCAGUGCGGCGCAGAAGAAGGAAGCCGAGCCCCGGUACGUCGUGGUGCCCGACGCGUCGGCGGGGGUCAACAGCGUGUGUCCCAUCUGCCAGGAGAAAUUCGAGAACAAGUGGCUGGAUACGGCGCAGGAAUGGGUCUGGCUGGAUACGAUGCUGGUGGGUAAUCGUGCGUACCACGUCAGCUGUCACGCCGAGGCGACGAGGCCCAGAGACGGCACGCCGGCCAGGAGUACACCGGAGCCGGCGUUGGGCAAGCGGAAAGCGGAGGUCGAGCAGGAUGAGCUCAAGAACCUACGAAAGGUUAAGAUGGAUGCUGCCUGA